AAAUAAACCAUGACAUCAUUCCAUUUCUGUCUCCAGUGCUGAAGGCGCGUUACGUAAAAGUUGUUUACAACUCUUGUGGCCAUUUAAACAGUUGAUUACCUGGGCGCGCUAAAUUGAUUUCGAUAUAUUGCGCAUAGAUUUCUUAAUAAAUUCAAUAGACAAAAUGUUGAAAAUUACACUUAGUGCUGUGCUUAUUUUAGGAUUUAGUAUUUACGAAGGUUCUGCCUUAAAAUGUUGGGAAUGUUCCAGCGACAUAGAUCGAAGCUGCGCAGACAGAUUUAACAUAAGCACUUACGGUUUUGGAUCUGAUUAUCUUUACCGACAAUCAUCAGCUUCAGGGUAUAACCAACAACAACCCUAUAAUCCUUACAAUCAACGACCCUAUGAUAGCAGAGACCACUCCACCUAUAGAAACGAAAAUUCCGGCACCACCGAAACUUAUAGGGACAAUAAUCGGGAUCCUUGGGAUAAUAGCCCUAUUCGAGCAUCUGAUCCUAGUCGAUAUCACAACGAUCCUUACAAUAAUAGAACUUAUGAUAAUAGGGAUUAUGAUAGACGCGGGGGUUAUUAUAAUGGCACUGAUAGAGACGGCUACAAUAAUACAAAUUAUCACAAUCGUUACAAUAAUACCGAUUACUACAAUCGUUACAACAAUACCGAUUACUACAAUCGUAAUAAUUUAACUAAUUCAACCAGGGAUUAUUAUGAUAGGGAGCGCGGAUAUGAUCCAAAUAAUCGUGAUAGGGAUUCUCAAUACAAUCGUAAUAGAGAUUAUCAGGGCCGUGAUAGAGAUGAUCAAGGUCGUGAUAGGGAUUAUCAAAAUCGGGAUAGGGAUUAUCAAAAUUCUCAAGGUCGUGAUAGAAACUACGAUCAGAAUCGCGAUAGAGGUUAUAACGAUCAAAACCGCGAUAGAGGUUACGAUCGCGGGGACUACAAUAACCGUGGCGAAUUAAUCAAUAAUCGUAAUCGGGAACCUUCAAAUAGGGACCCUAAUAGUCGUGAUUUUGACAGGGACAGAGACUACAAUAAUCGCGACUAUAGAGAUCCCAACUCUAGGGACCCGUACUUCGAUCGUGAUCGUCAAAGGGAUAACAACAGAGACUACAACCACAGAGACUACAACAGUAGGGAUGGUAACAGGGACCCUUACUACAACAACCGGGAUGGUUACAAUAGAGACCCUUACAAUAGGGACUCGAAUAAUCGUGAUAAUUACCCUCCUCCUAGAGAUUACAAUGCGCAGAGCAGGAGCUACGACCCCAACUAUCAACAACCGAGAGACACUAGCUAUCCAAGACCGCAGGCGCAGUUAGGAUUUGGACAGCCUGGACCUAGAUUGGUCGAUUGUAAUGAUGAAGAAGCUAGAAGGACUGGAAUGAGGAAUGUUUGUUUGAAGAAAGUACAAAGAGUUGGUGAGUAUCAGCUUACUUACAUCAGACGUUGCGUAGCUAUCCCUCUAGAAAAAGAAAUUGGCACUUGCUACGAUCCUACAGCCAGAGGUAUUUCCUUGGAUUUCUGCGAAUAUUGCGAAUACGACGGCUGUAAUUCGGCUACAGGCUUGAAAUUCAAUCUAUUUUUAGCUAGUUUGGUACCGUUGGUACUUUCGUGGACCUUCCUUUUGUGAACAGCUUAGCUGGAAAAUGUUACCCAAAAAAUAAAAAGCUAUUUUGAGCUAUGUGAAUAGAAGUAUUUUGUAUUAUUUUUUAACUAUAAUGUGUAAAUCCGUCCUUUAUAUCUGUACUAAAUUUUGAAUGUUGUUUGAAAUUUUAUUUUGUGUUCUAUUAGUCUAAGUUAGUUUAUGAAUUUAUUUGUGUUAUAGUGUUUAAGUUUCACAGUUUUCUUUAAUGGUAUUUUCACUAGUAAAAUUGAAACAAACCUCAGAUUCCCACUAAAUAGGCCAUAUCACAGCCAUGAAAUUAUAUUUCGCAUUCAGUUUGGAAGCCCUACACAAUGCAUUAAAUUGUUGAUAAUUAAUUUUGAAAAAAGUUGGAAAGUUUAAGGGCCAGCCUAUUAAAGGCUCUGUUAAGUGACUGUGUACUUAACUAAGCAUUAAUAGGCAGACCCUCACAUUAUUUGCAGACAAAUUUAAUGUUGAUUGUAAUUUGAAGAAAUGUUAAUAAACAAAUUUAAAAGAAUAAGCAUGUUGUUUCUAAUAGAUUAAUU